GUCUUGUUUAUUAUAGUGUCACCCCUUUUGAAAGGGCCAGCCAAUUUGGCUUAUGAGACACCUUUAUUGUGCGUACCAAUUACCUCCCAACUCCUACCACUAUACCAGGCGCCAGGUGGAUAGAAGUCGGUAACCAUUCAUUUAACUAGCUCGCGGCUCACGAACCGGCCUUUUCGGAACGAGUCCCAUGACAAACAUUCCCCGGACGAACGCUCCCCAUGGGGCUCGAACCUUCGACCUGCCGAUCCCGAGGCGGACGCCUUAACCACUGGGCCACGGUGACCGGUUUAUGUGACAAGCAAAUGCAUUCCAACUUAUACAACACUCAAUCAAAAACAUUUGGAGAAAAGAUUGCAAAAGAUUUAGUUGUAAAACUAGCAAUUAAAACGAAAUACAAACUUGGACUCGGGCAAAAACAAAAAUCAAAAAACAGGAAAAAGGGGCAGAGCGUCUGCUUUCAAAAACAUAUAGAUUGUGGUUAUGGUUAUAAAGUUGUUUGUUGUUAUGAUGAUAAAUAUACUAAACCAACACAAGUUUACAGUGGUCCUAAUGCAGUUUAUAAGUUUAUUGAGAAAAUGUUUGAGGAAGAGGAAUAUUGUAAGGAAAUAUUUAAUGAAAACUUUAACAAAGAUUUGAAAAUGUCUAAAAGAGAUGAAGCUUUAUUUAUAAAACAAACAUCUUGUCAUAUUUGUGGAAAAGAAUAUAAGAAAAUGAAAAUCCAGUACGAGAUCAUUGUCAUAUAACAGGAAAAUUUAGAGGAAGUGCUCAUUCAGAAUGUAAUAUUAAUUUUAGACUAACACACAACAUUCCUGUUAAUUUUCAUAAUUUAUAAGGUUAUGAUGGUCAUUUCAUUAUGCAACAAAUAGGAAAAUUUUAAAAAGAAAUAUAUGUUAUUCCUAACAAUAUGGAAAGAUACAUGGCAUUUAUGGUAAGUGAUUUGAUUUUUAAAGAUUUUUCAAUUUAUGUCUCAAUCAUUAGAUAAUUUAGUAAAAAAUAUUCCAGAAUUUAAGUACACAUCUCAAGAAUUUAGUAACCAUAACAUUGAAUUAUUAAAAACAAAAGGUAUUUAUCCAUAUGAUUACAUGAAUUUAUUUUAAAAAAUCAAAGAAACAAAAUUACCUCCUAAAGAAGAGUUUUAUUCUAUUUUAAACGAAACGCACAUAUCUGACAACGAAUACGACCAUGCUAAAAAUGUUUGGAAUAAAUUUGAAAUAAAAACAAUGGGAGAAUAUCAUGAUCUAUAUUUAAAAACUGAUGUUUUACUUUUAGCUGAUGUUUUUGAAAAUUUUAGAAAACUGUGUUUGGAAUAUUAUAAACUUGACUAUUGUCAUUAUUUUAGUAGUCCUGGUUUAGCUUGGGAUGCAAUGUUGACUGGAAUAAAUCUGGAUUUGAUAACUGAUAUUGAUAUGUAUCUGUUUAUUGAAAAGGGACUGAGAGGAGGAAUAAGUUAUAUAGGUAAUCGUUACAGCAAAGCAAACAAUAAAUUUCGGCUUCACCAAUCUUGUUUUUUAAUUCUUCAUGUUUAAUCAUACUAUUUCUUAAUUCCUCGUAUUGCUCGUAAUUUUUUUAGAUUGACUCUGAAUACUUCUUUUAAGUUGUCAUCUGUCAAAUCAUAUUUAUUUUCAAUUCCUUCAAUUGUAUCAACCAUAGCUUUCAUUUCUUCCUCAAAUUUACCUUGUAACUCAACUAUUAAUGCUUGAUUGUUUUUAAAGUCUUUUUUCUAAUUCUUCAAUAUUUUUUACUUGUGCUUCUGUUGUCUGUUUAACAGAUUUGAUGUCUCCAAGAUUAUAGUCUUCUGUCACACUUUGUUUUUUUUAAACUUAAACCGUCUUGAAACUGCAUCCCUGGGUUUAUCUGGAUUUCCUAAAUUAAUUAUUUCAUUACCUCCCAUAUCUAAUGGCUUUAUUUAACAUUUUAUUGUCAAGUUCUUUAUUUCUGUGAAGAAACGAUUCCGUUUCCUUUUUGAGUUUUUUUUUAAAUUGUUUUAUAGUGGCAUAAUCACCUAAAUCGAUAUCAAAUUUAACUUUACCUAUACUGUCGGGUUCACUUAUUUGUUUUACAUCAUUAAAAAACUCCCAUCCUAUAUAAUUCACGUAAAGUUUUUUCUUCAUCAUUAAAAACUCCCAUCCUAUAUAAUUCCCGUAAAUUAUUCCUUGGUUUGUCAACAUAUAAGAAAUCAUAUUUUUGUUUUGUUGCAUUAGCAAAACAAUCGUUAUCUAUAUUUUGUUCAUUACAAAUCAUAUUAUUUUCCUUUUUACCUGGACUUUCAAACAAAAUAUAGUGUGAACAGUUAAUUCGGAUAUCUUUUGGUGUUUUAUAGUAAGACUGACUUAAAUAAAUAACAGAACAGUUUUUGUGACGUCCUUGAAUAAAGUGUUUUGUUAUUUCAUUUUGAAUCUUUUUUUCUUCACAUAUAGAAUCAUCAAAUAUUACUACUUUUUAAUUUCAAGAUUCUCACAAGGUUCAAUUUCAUUAUUAGAAUAUUCAAAUAUUUCAUUUGGAUCUACUUUAAUUCUUUUUGCAAUUUUAUUUAAGCAGUCUAUUAAAUCCUGAUAUUUAGAUUGUUCUAGGUUUUUAGCAUACAGGUAUAAUUUAUCAUAAUAAAUAAGAGGUUUUCGUAGCAUAUGCAUUAAUGUAUUUGUUUUUCCUGAUCCGGAAGAUCCACAUAUUAAAACAUGAAUCUGGCAUAAAAGGAUAAAAUUGCAUAAAGUUAUUAGAUUUAUCGUUUUUUGUAUAAUAAUUUGGAAUUUCCAUUAUAAUAUAAUAUUACAUUAUCUUACAUUAUUAUAUAAAUGCUAGCAAAACUUAAUGAAAUAAGAAUAUGAAAAAAAUGGUCGGGCAAAAGGUAAAGGCUCUUAGAGAUGAAAUAAUGACAGAAAAUAUAAGAAAAGCUACUGGGCGAGAAAUAUAUAGUGAAAUUUAUAAACCAAUUACAGAAGGAAUAGACAGUCAAAAAGAAGAAUUAUCAAGUCAGUUAAAAGCAUUACCAGGAAUCAAAGAGCAAUUAUCGUCACUUCCGAAAAGUAUUACUGGAUUAACUAAAGGAUUGCAAGAAGCGGAAAAAUCCAAAACACAAGAAUAUAUACCAGUAGAUUGGGGAGAUGAACCUGUUGAAUGGGUUCCUCAAGAUGAAUUUAAGAAAUUAGAACAUUAUGGAAACAAACAGAUAGGAAUAACUGGAAAACCGUUACCACCAGAGAAAAUAAUGACGGAAGAAGAGAUUAGUCAAUUAUCAAAGGAAGAGAUUAGUGAAUUACAAGAAACCUAUGUGCCAAUAUAUACGGAAGACGAAUCUAUUAUAUUCUUAUCUAAAGAAAAAAUUAUAAAACUAGAACAUAAGGAUUGGGAUGCGGAUGACGAAAUUCGCAAUGGAAAAGGUACUCAUCGUUAUCAUAGUUACAAUGAGUCUGAUUGUUUUGACAACAUGUCGAUUUGAGAGUUAUGACAGCGAGGAGGAAGCUGGAACAGUAGUAGCUAUCGUCAACUGGAUGAGUGCCA